GUCAAAGCAAGGAUGCCAAACAAUCGUGUAAAGCUCCUGCCAAGGGCUCCAAAAAGGGGUGUAUGAAAGGGAAAGGAGGACCUCAGAAUCAAAGCUGUAACUACCGAGGUGUUAGGCAGAGGACUUGGGGUAAAUGGGUGGCUGAAAUCCGAGCACCCAAUGGAGGGAAGAGAAUUUGGCUUGGUACUUUUCCUACUGCUUGUGAAGCUGCUUUAGCUUACGACGAAGCUGCCAGGACGAUGUAUGGCGAAAAUGCCAUAAUAAAUAUGCCUCAUAUUUCGCGUUUUGACUCAGUUGCAACUACUUCACACGCGUUUUCGGAGGCAAGCACUUGUUCUGCUUCUAACUCCAUGACUGUGCCGAGUAACUAUGAAAUUUGUGGAAGAGAUGUGGAUGGUGAAGGUGAACCAAGUAGGAUGAAUGUUGAGUAUACUGUGGAUUCUGAAACUGCCUGGACGAUGGAUGGUGAAAAUGCGACUCUGAAUAUGCCUCAUGUUUCAGAUUUUGACUCAGUUUCAAUUACUUCACCAGUGUUUUCGGAGGCAACCACUUGUUCUGCUUCUAACUCCAUGACUGUGCCGAUUAACUAUGAAAUUUGUGGAAGAGAUGUGGAUGGUGAAGGUGAACCAAGUGGGAUGAAUGUUGAGUAUACUGUGGAUUCUGAAACUGCCUGGACGAUGGAUGGUGAAAAUGCGACUCUGAAUAUGCCUCAUGUUGCAGAUUUUGACUCAGUUACAAUUACUUCACCAGUGUUUUCGGAGGCAACCACUUGUGCUGCUUCUAACUCCGUUACUGUGUCGAGUAACUCUGAAAUUUGUGAAAGAGAUGUGGAUGGUGAAGGUGAACCAAGUGAGAUGAAUAUUGAAUAUACCGCGGAUUCUGAAGCUGCGACGACAAGUCAAGAUGUCAAAACUGAUGCAAAAUCAGAAGAUCACACAGAUGAUAGCUGGCUAACUAAUGGUUUGGAUUUCGCAAAAAAUAUUGCAAUCGAUUUUGGAGAGACUGAUGACUGUUGUUUGCAUCCACCACUAAUCAAGAUUCUAGGUACAAAGUUGAAGUUCCAUGUAACUGGGAACGCUUGCAACGAGGUUAAUGCUUCUGAAACAAAGAUCAUUAUCACAUCUGCAGAUAGCAAGCCCGAAGACCGUGAACAUAGAGAAGAUCCCUAUUUCUCUUCAAGCAAAACAGCUCUUCCAACUGAAUCGGGGGUUACAUGCAUGUAUCAAUACUGCGCUGACUGCCUACAUACCCUCCUUAGUUUGAUGCAAAAAGUCCUGCUUCAAGAACCAAAAUCAGAUGGGAGCCAGUGGACGGUAGUUGCAUUAAUGUCUGUGGAUCUUCUUUAA